AUAAUGUGACAACUUCAGUUGAUAGUGAAUUUAAUAAUUUGAUGUCCUCUGUUGAAACGGCUCCGAUGUCAACCCAAGAUUCUUUUCAACGAUCUUCCCUUAUAAAACCCUUAUUCCCUCCAACAAUUGACGACGAUGACUUGGUUAAGCCGAAAAAUGCUAGACUUUCAAAACCAUCUAGAGCUAAUAAAAUUAAAAACUCUCGAGCUUGUAAUUAUUGUCAAAAGUCUAAAGUUAAGUGCAACUAUUUGGACAGUAAUUCAUGUAAACGAUGUGCUGAAAGAGGACUCAAAUGCGCUUUUUAUCCGCAACAAAGAAGAGGUCCUAAACCCGGUAAAAAUACUAUAAUAGAUACACAAAAUUUGAAAGAUUUUCGAAAAUUGAAUCGAGACUUUACACAAAAGGCCCAUAAACUCGGAUUUGACGUGCACACCCGAAUUGUUACAUAUCCAAAUAAUAAUAAUUCAGGUACACUGAUUCCAAAUAAUACAACGUUGCCCGAAGAAAAUUUAAUUGUAGUAUAUCCAGGAUUCGCGCCACCACUACCAAUAUUAUCUUCUAUCGAUUGUGAGACUUCGAAUAGUUCAAUAUCAAAUUUGGAUGAUCAACGGUUUUUCAUGAACAAUGAGAUAGAACCGACCCUGAAUUAA